GCACCGGGACCCCCGAGCCACGCCUGGGCUGCGAGCGGGGCACCGGCACCGGCACCAGCACCGGGACCGGGGCUCAUAAAGGGAUCGGGACUUGCACUCCCGGGCCACGCUUGGGGCCGCUGCGAGCCGGACACCGGCAGCGGGACCGGGACUUCCGAGCCACGCGUGGGGCUGCGAGCCGGACACCGGCCCCGGGAGCCGCUCCCGCGCCGGGACAGCCGCUCCUCUCCCCGCUGUGCCGCCCUGACCAGGUGUCCCCAUGGAGUGACCCUGCCCGGGGGGACGCUGGCUGCCACCACCGCCAGCAUGAGCGACUUCUGGCACAAGCUGGGCUGCUGCGUCGUGGAGAAGCCCCAGCCCAAGAAGAGGAGGAGACGGAUCGACCGCUCCAUGAUCGGGGAGCCCAUGAACUUCGUGCACCUGACACACAUCGGCUCCGGGGACAUGGCUGCGGGAGAGGGGCUGCCCAUGACUGGUGCUGUCCAGGAGAUGAGGUCCAAGGGCGGCCGGGAGCGACAGUGGAGCAGCUCCCGAGUGUUGUAGCGUAUUCCUGGCUUUUUCAGCCCAAACUUGAACUGCCUGACCCCCCGCGCUGGAGGAGAAGCCAACCUGGAGUGCUUUAACCCCGCGGUAUUGAUGCAGCACCAUCCUCACCCGGCUCCCGGUGACUUUGGGGCUUCAUCCCUCUGGAAAAUCCCUCCUUGCUGGAGGCACUGGCUGUGGUGACGUGGGCAGGGAGCCCCCAGCUCCUGCCCCACCUGCAAAGGACACAGCCACGCCCCUGAAACGUGCCAGGAGCUGCCAGGAGCAGCCCACGAGUCCCAAAUCCUCCCAGUUCUCCCUUUUCCCACUCCCGUGUCUCCCAUGGGCUGCAUGGUGGUGCCUCAGUUUCCCCAGGGAACCAGUUCAUGGUGCAGAGGCAGCUUUGAUGCCUCCCAGAACAUCCCAGAGGAGCAAAACCAGGAUUAAGCCCCCAUAUUCUGGUGCCAAACCAGAGUUAAACCCAAGAUGUUCUGGUGUCAAACCAGGACUGGAUGUCAAACUGGGAUUAAACCCCAAUUCUUCGGAGCAGAACCGGGUUUAAACCCCGAUAUUCUGGUGCCAAUCCAGAGUUAAACCCAAGAUGUUCUGGUGUCAAACCAGGACUGGAUGUCAAACUGGGAUUAAGCCCCAAUUUUUAGGAGCAGAACUGGGAUCAAACCCCGCUGCUUUGGUGCCAAGCCAGGAUCCAACCCCAAUGCUCGGCUGUCUCCGAGCCCACAGUGCCUCCAGCUGGCAUUCCACCGCCGCCAAACCCUCACCUCCCUCCUUUUUUUAGGAUCUGUUCCUAUUUUUAAGCUCCCAAACCCCCCUGAGCAGCCUCUGUGGCCCCGGGCAGGACCGUGGUGGGGUCUCCUCCUCACCCGGGGUUGUCCCCAGGCCGGACAGGGCCUGACCCGAGAAGGGCUCUGCAAUUAGGUGCGGGUGUACAUAGUUUAAUUAGUGCCAGGAUUAAAUAUUAAUUAGCA